AUGGCCGACUUUAUUAAUCCAGUCAUCGACAUCCUAACUCGUUUGUGUGGUUACUGUUCCAAAUGGGCAGAUUCAAUAAACCAACUAGGAGACAACCUCAUCUCUUUGAGAAAUGCUUCAAAUGAACUCGAUGACAUGUAUGUUGAUGUCAAGAGGAGGGUCGAAUCGGCGGAGCAGGAUCCAGAUCCAGAGUUGACGGUUUUGGAGGUGGUAAGGGGUUGGAUGGGCAGAGUUGAAGAGCUGCAAAAGGGGGUCCAGGCCAUUCUGCAGCAAGGCGAUCAAGAAAUACAAGCGAAGUGUUUUGGGGGUCGCUGUCCCAAAAAUUGUCGGGCUUGCUACAAGCUACACAAAGACGCUACCCAGAAGUUGAGUGAUGUAAAUGCUCUUAUAAGCAAUGGGCAUUUUGAUGUUGUAGCAGAAAAGUUUGCUUGUGAUCAGUUUGAAGAACUUCCUGUGGAUACGGCUGUGGGUGUAGAAUCAACAUUUGAGGAGCUACGUUCAUGCUUUGAGAACAAUCAGGUGCGUGUCAUUGGUUUGUAUGGGAUAGGAGGGGUAGGCAAAACAACUCUGCUUAAGAAAUUCAACAAUGAUUUCCUCUCAACAAUGCCACAAUAUGUAGUCAUCUGGGUUGAGGCAUCUAAAGAUGUAGAUCCAGGAAAAAUACAAGAAGAUAUUAGGAAGAAAUUACGCAUUGGAGAUGAUAUUUGGAAUAAUAGGACAGUGAAUGACAGAGCUCGUUUUUUAUAUAAUAUCUUAAAGAGUAAGAAAUUUGCGUUGUUAGUAGAUGACGUGUGGGAAAGGAUUGACAUGUUGAAAUUAGGGGUUCCUUCUCCUAAAGAUCAUGAAUGUAAGAUAAUAUUCACAACUCGGUCACAAGAGAUAUGCGGCCAAAUGGAUGCACAGAAAAGCAUAAAAGUAAAUUGCCUCACGUUUGAUAAAGCAUUUGAGUUGUUCAAGGAGAAAAUGGAUGAAAAUGCUCUUGAGAACCCUCAUAUAUUGACUCUUGCAAAGCAAGUGGUGAAAGAGUGUCAAGGCCUACCACUCGCUCUUUGUACCGUUGGACGUGCCAUGGCUAACAAGGUGACUCCCACUGAAUGGAGCCGUGCUAUAGAAAUUUUGAGGAGUUAUCCAUCAAAAGUCCAAGGUAUUGUUAAUGAUGUGUAUUACUUGCUUGAAUUUAGUUAUGAGAGACUGCCGGAUGAUACUUACAAAUCGUGUUUUCUGUAUUGUGCCUUAUUCCCUGAAGAUUAUAGCUUUAAAAAACAAGAGCUUAUUUUGCUCUGGAUAGCAGAAGGUUUUCUGGUUGAAUUUGAUUAUGAUAUAUAUGAAGCACGUAAACAAGGGGAAGAUAUAAUUUCCAGUCUAAAAGAUGCUUGCUUAUUGGAAAAUGGUGUGGAAGAAGGUACAUUUAAGAUGCAUGAUGUCAUAAGAGACAUGGCUCUCUGGGUAGCUUGUGAUCAUGGGAAAAAGACAAAAUUCUUUUCUGGAAAUGUUUUUGGGACUAGUGGCCUUAAAGUAUACAAUCAUGCAAAGUGGAAAGAGGUAGAAAAGCUGUCAAUGUGGGGGUGGGGUGAAGCGAGUACAAACUUCUCACAAAAACCUCAUUGUCCUAAUCUCGUGACUCUGCUUAUUAGGAAUACUAGGAUACAAGUCUUUCCAACUGAGGUAUUUGUCCUUCCAAGCACUGUCAGAGUUCUAGACUUUUCUUUUGAACGUGGAAUAAGAGAUGUACCAUCAGAAAUUGGAGACUUUGUAAACCUUGAACACAUGAACCUAUCAUAUACUGGUAUAAGAAAAUUGCCAGAGGAGUCGAAGAAUUUGAAGAAGCUGAGGUUCUUGUUGUUGGACGGACUAGGAGAGCUUGAAUUCCCAGAAAAAGUUAUAUCUGGUUUGCUAUCCCUUCAAGCUUUUAGCUCGACACGGUCAAAAGUUCGAGGGAUUGAUGAAAAUGUGUUGUUGGAUGAGCUAGAAGGCUUAGAGCAUCUUCAAGAUAUGCGUUUAUCUGUCAUUAGCAUAUCCUCUAUUGGAAAAAUACUGAUCUCCUCAAAAUUGCAAAGGUGCAUUUGUGGGUUAAACUUUGAAGGAGAAAGCUCACCACUCCAUGACUUCUUCUCAUCACUUGGAAAGAUGGAGCAUCUUGAAACAUUACGAGUUUAUUAUUCUGACGUUGUGGAUAUUCCAAGGCGCUCAUUUUGGGCACCUGAUCAUAUAAUCAACCUUCGAGAGUUGGUUCUCUAUGGGUGUGGUAAUAAUAUAGUUGACUUGAAUUGGCUUAUACAUGCUCCAAACCUUGAAGUCCUUCAAAUAAGAGAUUGUGAUUCAUUGGUUGAAGUUGUGAGUGCAGAUUUUGGGACUGCUGGCAUUGAGAGAGUGAAAAGCAAUCUAUUUUGUAGUCUCACUUAUCUUCAUUUGGAAUCUCUGAAUAAUUUAAGGAGCAUUUGUAGAAUACCAUUACAGUUUCCUUGUUUGAAGGAGAUUCGGGUAGCAAAGUGCCCCUAUUUGAAGAAGCUCCCAUUUAAUUCUCAAAGUGCAUUGAAAAGCCUACAACGCUUUACGGUAUAUCCUCAUCAGUUGUUGGAUCAAUUGGAAUGGGAAGACGAAGAAACCAAGCAUCUUCUUUCAUCAAAAUUUGAAAGGUAA